AUUUGCCUCAAAAAUAAACUAAGGGCUAUGUAUUUACUUUAUUUUAUAAUUAUACAUGAACAAUGAAAUCAUACCAAAUCUGAAGAAGUGAGUAAUUACCUAAUUUUAAAUAUAAUUCUUCUACACACCAAAAACACACAACGUCCUAGAAUACAAUAAUAAGAAUUACGUCAAUUACAAUUUAGUUUAUCCACAAAGUAACUAGUAAACUUUAAAAAAAAACACAAUAAUGUAUGUGCGUGUAGCAGCUUAUAGAUCUAAUAGCAUGUCUGAUGAAGCUAAGAAUGGUACAAGCCCCUCACCUGCACCCGCCGACGGACCUGUUGCAGAAAUGGCUCAAAUGGCCUUAGAAGAACCUAAAGUUAGUUUUCAAGAUCAAUUUAAGGCUUUCUCAAAAUUCGGAGAUACUAAAUCAGAUGGUAAGAUGAUAACACUAUCGCAGAGUGACAAAUGGAUGAAGCAGGCCAAGGUUAUCGAUAAGAAAAUUACAACUACCGAUACUGGUAUACAUUUCAAGAAAUUCAAAGCAAUGAAAAUCUCCUAUGGCGAUUACAAUAAGUUCUUAGAUGAUUUAGCAAAAACUAGAAAAGUUGAGCUCGAUGAAAUCAAGAAGAAAAUGUCCGGUUGUGGUGCACCAGGAGUGUUACAAGUUUCCGCUGGCAAAGCUGCUUCAGCUGUGGAGCGUCUCACCGACACUAGCAAAUAUACUGGAUCUCAUAAAGAACGUUUCGAUGCCACUGGCAAAGGUAAAGGUAUUGCUGGACGCAAAAAUUUGGUUGAUGAUUCUGGCUAUGUAACUGGCUAUCAACACAAGGAUUCAUACGAUACUGCACAUUAAUUAUUUAGUCAAAAAAAAAAAAAAAA